UGGCGGAGCGGCCGGGCGCCGGGCGGCCGUGCCAGGGGAGCCUGCGCCCCGUGAGCCUCGGGCCCUGGCCCCCGCCCGCCCGGCCCCCUCCCCCGCUCGCUCUCCCGCCGCCCCCAGACCGCCGGAGCCCGCAGCCGGGAGCCCGACCGCCCCCGCCGCCGAGGUUCCUGCCUGAAUACCAGCUUGGGAGCCCCUCGCUGCCUGCUGCCACCCCCCACCCCCCAGCCCCCAUCAACAUGCACUCCUUGGACGAGCCGCUCGACCUGAAGCUGAGCAUCACGAAGCUCCGGGCGGCGAGAGAGAAGCGGGAGAGGACACUGAGUGCAGUCCGGCACCGAGCUCUGCACAGGGAGCUCGGCCUGGUGGAUGACAGCCCCACCCCAGGCUCCCCGGGCUCCCCGCCCUCAGGCUUCCUGCUGAAUCCCAAGUUCCCCGAGAAGGUAGAGGGACGCUUUUCAGCAGCCCCCCUGGUGGACCUCAGCUUGUCGCCGCCGUCCGGGCUGGACUCGCCCAAUGGCAGCAGCUCGCUGUCCCCUGAGUGCCAGGGCAAUGGGGACCUGCCUGCAGUGCCCACCGGCCCGGACCUCCAGCCGCUGCGCUACCUGGACAGCGUCCCCAGCUCCUUCCAGUUCUUCCUGCCCCUAGGCUCCGGGGGGGCCCUGCACCUGCCUGCUUCCUCCUUCCUCACCCCGCACAAGGACAAGUGCCUCUCGCCAGAGCUGCCCCUGCCCAAGCAGCUGGUGUGUCGCUGGGCCAAGUGUAACCAGCCCUUCGAGCUCCUACAAGACCUGGUGGACCACGUCAACGACUACCACGUCAAGCCCGAAAAGGAUGCAGGCUACUGCUGCCACUGGGAGGGCUGUGCCCGCCAUGGGCGCGGCUUCAACGCCAGCAGAUACAAGAUGCUCAUCCACAUCCGCACACACACCAACGAGAAGCCGCACCGCUGCCCCACCUGCAGCAAGAGCUUCUCCCGCCUGGAGAACCUGAAGAUCCACAACCGGUCACACACAGGCGAGAAGCCCUACGUGUGCCCCUACGAGGGCUGCAACAAGCGCUACUCCAACUCCAGUGACCGCUUCAAGCACACGCGUACCCACUACGUGGACAAGCCCUACUACUGCAAGAUGCCCGGCUGCCACAAGCGCUACACGGACCCCAGCUCGCUGCGCAAACAUAUCAAGGCCCACGGCCACUUCGUGUCGCACGAGCAGCAAGAGCUGCUGCAACUUCGCCCGCCCCCCAAACCACCGCUGCCCGCCCCUGACGGCAGCCCCUACGUCAGCGGGGCCCAGAUCAUCAUCCCCAACCCGGCUGCCCUCUUCGGAGGCCCCGGCCUGCCUGGCCUGCCUCUGCCCCUGGCCCCCGGCCCCCUUGACCUCAGCGCCCUGGCCUGUGGCAAUGGCGGGAGUGGUGGGGGUGCAGGGGGCAUGGGCCCUGGGCUGCCCGGCCCCGUCCUGCCCCUCAAUCUGGCCAAGAACCCGCUGCUGCCCUCGCCCUUUGGGGCUGGCGGACUGGGCCUGCCCGUGGUGUCCCUCCUUGCUGGCUCCGCUGGCGGCAAGGCUGAGGGGGAGAAGGGGCGUGGGGCGGUGCCGGCCAGGGCCCUGGGCACGGAGGGCCGCAAGACCCCCCUGGAGAGGACUGAGAGCGGCCGCUCCCGGCCAAGUCCCGAUGGCCUCCCACUGCUGCCGGGCACCGUGCUGGACCUGUCCACAGGCGUCAACUCGGCAGCCAGCAGCCCAGAGGCACUCACUCCUGGCUGGGUGGUCAUCCCGCCGGGCUCCGUGCUGCUCAAACCGGCCGUGGUGAACUGAACCCACUCAGUGGACGCCGACCACCUGUAGCCCAGCCGGCGGCUCCCAGCCCUGCCCCCCCGACGAACGGAAACUCUUCUGCGAAAUAGCAAUAAUGUUCUCCGGCCCCAGGGCCCAGUUGGCUGUGUCCCCUGGGCAGACCCAGCCCCAGAUAAGCUGGGCAGCAAGGAUGGUGCUAGAAGGGCAUUGCUGGCACCCCAGGCUCCCAAGGGAGGAACUGGGUCUGCCAGCUAGGGAGAGCUGUGCUCCGGGGUGCUGAGGCCUGGCUCACCUCUGCCCCACCCCACCCCAUCCUCCACCUAGCCCUCAGUCCCCCCAUCCCCCAACUCUAGUGCCACCCUCAUCCAGUGGCCAACCAGGCAGGUCACCCUCCCUCCCUUGCCCACCUGCCAGCCCUGUCCGAGCAGUGGGGGUGGUGGGGUGGCAUCUGCCCUCCUGACUAGCGCCAGGCUCCCUCCCCACCCCCUUUGAUGGUGAGCUGUGAGGACCCCCUGGGAUCGAGGCCCCACCCCAUCCUGCCUAGCCUCACUGGGCCCCUGCUCUGGGGGCUCCUGACCCCUUUCCCUCUGGUCUACCCUCCAGAGGGAGAGCAAGACAGACGCAGGCCCUGGCAAAGCCACAGGAAGAAGCCACCUUACCUUAUGACAAGGCGCCUCCAAGCUUGGAGAGGGAGGCCCGCUCUGCCAGCUGCCCCUCACUGCCCGCCAUCUGCAGCAGCCAGCACGCUGCCCGAGGGUCGGUCCCUCCUCUGGAUUGGCUGACACUCCAGGUUGAGGGGGCUGGCUGACUACUCAUCUGCCCCUUCACCACUGGGCCUCCCUCUACUUUCAGGGAGCCCUGAGCGGGGAGAGGUGCCAGGACCUGGGGCCAGCCCAGCUCAGGGAAUAGGUGGGGCUGGGCCUGGCCUGGCCUGGGGUGGUGCCACCCUGCACAAGGGGCUGUGGAGGCCUGCAGGGUGGUGUUAGGAGGGGAGGCUGGCUGGGCACAACCCCGGGCUGGGAUACGGCUCCUGUCCUGGGAGCACCAAGUCACGGCCAGCACAGGCGAGGGAGGGCUCCAGGCCGGUGCUGGGCACGGGAGCUUCCAGAGGCCAUGGACGGAAGGACCUGGCCUUGAGGAGGGGAAGCCAGACGAAAGAGCCUGGACUUGGCGACCUGGCUGCUUCCUUUGGCUUUUCUGAGCUGAGCUCCUGCCCUAGGUGUCCCUGCUCUGCUCCCCCAUGGAGGGGGCCAGAAUAAGCUAAGGAUGCUGGGGCUCCAUGUGCCCCAGAGCCCACACUGCUGCCCAAGCCCAGGGAGCUGGGCUCUCCCACAGGCCCUGGCGGUGCAGCACAUGUCUCAUUCCCCACCCUGAGCCCUCACAUUCCCUGCCCGUAGGGGGCCUGGUUCGGUCUGGGAGGUGCUGGCCCAGCAGUCAGGAGCUCUGUCUGGCUCCUAGGCCUGCCCUGCCCUCGGCCACAGUGACCAAGCCCUCCGUGUCGCCGGUUGCAGAACAAGGGAGCUAUGGGACUGUAGGGGGGUCCUUAGCAGCCCUGCAGUUUCCCUCCUCUGAGCAGCUCUGCUGACCCUGCCCUUUCCUGGACUGCCCUUCUGUCCCAGAGGGGUCACCCUGACCCGGCCCACUGACAGGGCCCGGCAGCACUGGCUUUGCCCCUUGAAGGGGCUGUGAGCAAAGCAGGAGGGAGCUGGUCUCCUUCCCUCGCGCCCCACCCAGGACCCAGGCACCCCCACCCCCACUAAGGGCCCCAGGCCUUAAGUCCCCAUUGGGGUGAGGGGUUUGAGACUCAAGCCCCGGGAGCGGAGGAACAGGGCACUGGAAGGUGAUAUUAGCUCAGCAUGUGACUCGGUGAUAGACCAGGCCCGAAGGGGCCGGUGUACGUGUUGUUGUUGUCGGUUUGUUGUUGCACAUUCCAGGAUAUCAGUAUUCUAACAGGUUCUAAGUGCCUUUCUAUCGUAGCUUAUGUUUUUCCUCCUCUUGGCUCCAUUGCUGUUAGCAUAGAGUUUUAAAAAAAGAAAAGAGAUAAGCUAAUGACUAUAACAAUAUAUUCCUCCAUGUGAGAGGAAGUUUAUAAAGAAACAAUAAAAGUGAGUUACAAACA